CUUCUUCCAGACUUUGGUUGUGGUCAGAAGCAAACACACUGGUUGUGCUGCAAGUCUUUUUCUUUUUUUCUCCAAAACAUGUUUUUGUCUAAAUGAAGGUGAUGUUAUUGUUCAUAGAGUUAAAAUUCAUGUUGAAGUUAAGAUUAUUUCAUCAAGUAGGACCUGUGGUUAGCUGGCUCAUGUAAAGCAUGUCAUGUCUUCAAAGAAUCGGAAUCGGGAAUCGAUAGGAACCGGAAUCGAAACAAGGAAUUGGAAUCGGAAUUGUUCAAAAUCAAACGAUGCCCAACCCUACAGAUGAUUGCUGCCAAACUUCAGUCAGAAACAGAAAGUCCAGGUUUUUAGACAGAAUUAGAUCAUUGAGCAAUGAGCAGGAAGGACUUGUUGUUAUAAGAGCGGGUAUUUAAUAGAGCCAUGCUGAGUGAGGUGUAGGUGUGUGUGUGUGUGUGUGUUGACAGAUCACAUAAACAUCAAAGGUGUGGAGGGGAAACUGCCUAGACCAGUGCUGGUGAUGUCUUUACAUCACAUAUUCUUAGCAUCUCUGCUGUCAGAAUUAAAUGUUGUAGUUGUUAGACCAACAAUUGUUUUGUGUGCUGUUACUUUAAAUUCAGAUGCUUUUAACAUUUAAGAUGUUGCUAACAAAUCAAACUCAGGUCAAUGUCUCUGUUGAGCUGCAGCGUCAGGAGCUCCUGGGGUUAGUGGUAUCUUGCAUUGUGACAACGCUGCCAUGCUGUGUGUUUCUUUUUAUUAAUGUGACCACAUUAUACACUUUGAGAAGUAAACCUGUGUUUAAAGAAACUUCUCGUUAUAUUCUUCUGUUUAAUCUUCUUUUUGCAGAUACUGUCCAGCUGGCACACAGUCAGUCAAUGUUUCUGCUGCCUGUUAUUAGAGUGGCACUGUUGUUUCCAGUGUGUGUAGCUCUAACAGCACUGUAUUCACUUUCACACAGAAUCUCUUCAAUCACACUGCUGCUUAUGUGUCUAGAGAGGUAUGUAGCAGUGUGCUUUCCAUUAAGGCACAGUGCCAUCAUCACUAUCAGAAACACAAAGGUGGUUAUUUGUGUCAUUUGGAUGUUCAGCUUGCUAAAUAGUAUUAUUCAACUAAUUAUCAUGCUAAGAUUUUCAUUUCAAGAUCUGCAGCACUUGCAGAUGACAGAUUAUUGUGGCAAAGAGGGUGUGUAUGUUGAUCCUAUGUCUGAUAUUUAUGAUAAAUUCUCCACUUAUUUUCUGUUUGCCUUAGGCGGAGUGACUGUCAUUUUCUCCUAUACUGGUAUCAUGAUAGCUGCUCGGACUGCUUCUACCAACAAGGUGUCAGCCAAAAGGGCUCAUAGGACUUUGCUGCUGCAUUUAGUGCAGAUGGGACUCACAAUGUCUUCAACUAUACAAAACUCACUGAUCAGUGUUGUUUCCAAAAAUGUAGACAGGGUUGUAACUGUACGCAUGCAGAUCUGUCUUUACAUUUGUAUAAAUAUUCUCCCUAAAUGUCUUAGCUGUCUCAUUUAUGGUCUCAGAGACAGAACCAUCAGAUCCGUCCUCAUCUUCAAUCUGAGUUGUCAGUGGGGACACUCAUCUAUGAUUCCUGACAUUCAAGCAAGGAAAAAGAUACCUGUCAGGUGA